GCCGAGGUCUUUGAGCAUCUCGGCUCGCCAGCCGACGCCGACUGCAACGGCGACGCUGGAUGGGAGGAUUGGGCUCAGGCGCAGGGGCCACAGCAGCGAACCGCCAUCCGCCCCAAGGACAAGCUGGACGCCCUGAAGCCUCCGCAGGAGGCCGCGAGACGGCUCGCGGCGCUCGCGGAGGCCGACGGCGGCGAAGCUGCCGACCCACCGCAGGCCGACGCCCGGCCGGACGGCAAGGUCCGACUUCGGGUCUUCGACGGCAAGGAGGAGUGCAGGGGCCUGGCGGUCCAGCUCGCGUGCGUCGUUCUAGGCUCCACGCUGCGGAUGGCACACGUGGC